CCGGGGCCGAACCGGGAAGUUUGGAGUGGUGGGGGGGAAAUGAUCCCGCUGCUACCAUGGUAACGGGGAUAUGGAGUCCUGCCGCUUCCAGAAGCUUUUUGGGACGGACGGGGAGCUGGAGGACGAGGAUUUCCUCUCUGCCGUGGAGGACGCAGAGAACCAGUUUGUGAUCCCUGGAUACUCCUCACCCAGCGACGCCCCAAUUAACCCUCCCAAUAAACCCCAUCCCACUAAACCCCAUCCCACUAAACCCCAUCCCAGUAAACCCACCCUCCGGCCCCUCGCCGGGCAAGGGGAGCAUCCCUCGGGAUUCCAGGGACCCCCACCCAGGGGAGCAGCCCCCCAGGAUGAGCUGGAUAAUGAACUUUUCCUGGCUGCCUGCAAGGAGCUGGAAGGGCCCGAGGUGCCGGCGGGGUCCGGCGCUGCUGCCCCGUUGCCCCCCGGGCACAGGGAGAAUCCCACAUGGAUACGCCCAGGGAAGGAGAACACUCAGGAAUGUGGGAUCCCCAAAAAGCUGAGGGUGGGAGAGGAGCCGAUCCCCACUUCCAGGGGGGUGCAGGACAGGCAGGACCCCCUCCCCAGUCCCAAAGUGGUGCUGAGGCCCAGCGCGGCCGGUUCCUGGACCCCCAGGCCCCCCAUUUCCAUGGGAAAGCCAGGAAGCUCCGCAGGGUCCCGGUCCAUCCCUGCUCUGGGGGAUCCAUCCCUGAGGCCUUUCCAAGCACCCCUGGGAGGCAGCAGCUCCUCCUCGGUGCCCCAGACCCCUCCAGCACUGAGCUGCCCCCAACCCCAGCAGCCCCCCAGGCCCCCCUCCAGACCCCCUGGAUCCACGGAGCCCCCGAGGCCGCCUCUCCGGACAGCUCCCGGAUUCCCGAAUCCCACCAUGGUCCCCAACGCCCCCGGCCCCCCGAACCCCCCCGUGGUCACCAACCACCUGGUGCAGCUGGUGGCAGCGGCCAGCAAGGCCCCCGGGGGGUCCCCCCGAGUCCCCUCGUGCAGGGAGACACGGCGCUUCCCGGGGCCCGCCGGGAUCCUGCCCCAGCAGCACUCUGGGAAGCUGCUGGAGGAGAUCCUGGUUUCUGCUCCCCAAACUCCAGCUCACGGGGCUGUGGCAAAGCCACGGACACAGGCACUGCCCAGCUCCCCGCUGGCCACGGAGGAGGAUUUUGGGAAGGGGCCCUGGCUGGCCAUGAAGACGGAGCUGGGGCUGGACGAGAGGAAUCCCGGCUGCUUCCUCCACACCUACAGCGUGGUCAUGGUGCUGCGGAAGGGACCCACAGGGAUCAUCGAGUCCAGCUCCUGGCCAGGACAUCCCAGAAUCCCCCUUUUUGCCAUGCAGGCAGCCCUGAAGCAGCUCCCAAAAAACAAGGUGCCCAGCAUGGCCGUGAUGAUCAAGAGCCUGAGCAGGACCAGCGCCGGCGCUGGCGCCGUGUUCCGGGAUCCGACGGGGGAGAUCCAGGGCACGCUGCACCGGCUGCUGCUGGAGGAGAGGCAGAGCGAGCUCCGGCCUGGCUCCGUGCUGCUCCUGAGGCAGGUGGGGGUCUUCUCCCCCUCCCACCGCAACCACUACCUCAAUGUCACCCCCAACAACCUGCUCAGGAUCUUCCCACCGGAGCCCGAGGGCGGCUGCUCCCAGCGGCAGGUCCCUGCCCAGGCUGGGCUAAUCCCAGACCCCCCUGUGCAGCCCCCUCAGGGUGUCCCUGUCCCUGGGGAUUGGGGACAGCCGAGGACAAGUGGCCACAGCACAGAGGAGCAUCCAGGGGUCUUUUCCCUGCACCCACCAAGCCCUGGGCCCAGGCAGGAAGAGCCAGUGGGAGCUGAUGGAUGUGACAUGGAUGACCUGGAUGGGCUCCUGGGAGAGCUGCCUGAGGAUUUCUUCUCAGCCCCAGCCCAGGCUGACUGUGGCUGACCCCGGGUGCUGCUGGCACUGGCUGGGCCGUGCCAUGGCCUGGUGAGGAUGAUGAUGCCAAGGAGCAGGUGCCACACCUGCCACCUCUGCAUGCUCCUCUCUCUGUGUGUCUGCUGUGUUUGUUGUGGAGCCAAGAGCUGGGGGGGUUCCAGGGGGGUCCUGGGGGGACAUGGCCUACAGUGCUGUCCCUGCUUAUCCGGGCACAACUUCCCCUCUCACUCCCAAACCUGCAUUAAAGGGCUGCUUUGUCCUUGCA